UUGAAAGUUGAGAGGGGAAGGUUGUUUGGUCCUGAUAGGGAGGGGCGUCAGACUUAAGGCCAGAGGGCUUUGCUGAGUCUGACUGCGAGGCGGUGAUGGGAUCCGUUGAGGGUAGCGCACCGGGCGGGUUUUUGUGCGGGACUCUUUAAGGGAAGCUGCAGGGAUUGGACGGAUGGGGUCUCCGACACGAAGUGGUCGGGGGGCUUAGGGGAAUUUGAUUGGGGGAACUGCCAGAGAUCCGUCAGCAUUAAUUCCUGCUGACUGGGGAGGAGGGUAAGGGCUAGAGAGGCUUGGCCAGAUCUGAUUGGGGCAGGCAGCGGGCAUUGGGGGCUUUGGUCGUGGGUUGGGCGGUUUUGACUGGCUCUCAUUCAAAGAGACAUUGGAGACUUAUCGGGAUUGCUUGUAUUCUGGUUAAGGAGAGUCACUGGGCCGCGUCUAGGUCAGAAAGGGGGGCAUGUGGCGUCUACUGAGCUUGUAGAGCCGGUUUAGAAGAGGGAGCAGGGAUGAGCAGGAUCUGGGCGCUUAGGGACCUAGAAGAGCUCAGGAAUCUAGGAGGCGGCUGGCAUCUAGCGGAGCUGGAAGGCUGGAUUUUGGGGAAGGGAAUCCUCGUGGACUGAGCCUUCACCUGAAAGACCGCUGGGGCGGAGCCCCUAGCCCUCGAGGGAGGCGGAAGCCCUGAGGCCCGUAACUGGGGGCGGCGGUGGCGUGGACCUCUUUGGAAAGAGGGUUUCCUCGUUAGGCUCGAUGUGGAUACGUCGCGCCCCCGCCGCUGGUCCUGAUGGCCCGCUUUUAUAUUUCCCCCACACGCACUCCCGAGCCCGCGACUGCGUGGCCGAGGAUGGCAUAGCUGGCGGGGACCCCGCACUUGGACGGGCGCGGAUUGGAGGCCUCCGCUUGUCCGCGGAGAGCGCUUGCGUCUGCAUGCAGCCGCCUCUGCCUCGGGGACUCAACUUGGGUCUCACACAGAACUCCAGCGACCCAGCGCUGACCCAGGCUCCUACCCCUGCAGUUCGCCUUGCACCAUGGACUGGCAGCCAGACGAGCAGGGCCUGCAGCAGGUCUUGCAGCUUCUCAAAGAUUCGCAGUCGCCCAACACAGCUACUCAGCGCAUUGUGCAGGAUAAACUUAAACAGCUCAACCAGUUUCCUGACUUUAACAACUACCUGAUCUUCGUCCUGACCAGACUCAAAUCAGAAGAUGAACCAACCCGCUCUCUGAGUGGCCUCAUCCUUAAGAACAACGUGAAGGCACAUUACCAGAGCUUCCCGCCUCCUGUGGCAGACUUCAUCAAACAGGAAUGUCUCAACAACAUUGGCGAUGCCUCCUCUCUCAUCAGAGCCACCAUUGGCAUUCUCAUCACCACCAUCGCUUCCAAGGGUGAGCUGCAGAUGUGGCCAGAGCUGCUGCCCCAGCUGUGCAACCUGCUCAACUCGGAGGAUUAUAACACCUGUGAGGGAGCCUUUGGAGCCCUACAGAAGAUCUGUGAAGACUCCUCUGAGCUUUUGGAUAGUGAUGCUCUCAACAGGCCCCUUAACAUCAUGAUUCCUAAAUUCCUGCAAUUUUUCAAGCACUGCAGCCCUAAGAUCCGGUCCCAUGCCAUUGCCUGUGUGAACCAGUUCAUCAUGGACCGGGCCCAAGCACUGAUGGACAACAUCGAUACUUUCAUUGAGCACCUGUUUGCCUUGGCUGUGGAUGAUGACCCCGAGGUGAGGAAGAACGUGUGCAGAGCCCUUGUGAUGCUUUUAGAAGUGAGAAUUGACAGGCUCAUCCCUCACAUGCACAGCAUCAUCCAGUACAUGCUGCAGAGGACCCAGGACCAUGAUGAGAAUGUGGCCCUGGAGGCCUGUGAGUUCUGGCUGACGCUGGCCGAGCAGCCCAUCUGCAAGGAAGUCCUGGCCUCCCACCUGGUCCAGUUGAUCCCCAUCCUCGUGAAUGGGAUGAAGUACUCUGAGAUUGACAUCAUCCUUCUUAAGGGGGAUGUGGAGGAGGAUGAGGCAGUACCUGACAGUGAGCAGGACAUCAAGCCACGCUUCCAUAAGUCACGCACAGUGACACUGACCCACGAGGCUGAGCGGCCUGACGGCUCUGAGGACGCUGAGGACGAUGAUGAUGACGAUGCUUUGUCAGACUGGAAUCUGAGGAAGUGCUCAGCUGCUGCGCUGGAUGUCCUUGCCAAUGUCUUCCGGGAGGAACUGCUGCCCCACCUACUUCCGCUGCUCAAGGGCCUCCUAUUCCACCCUGAGUGGGUGGUCAAGGAGUCGGGGAUCCUGGUGCUGGGCGCCAUUGCUGAGGGCUGCAUGCAGGGAAUGGUGCCCUAUCUACCUGAGCUGAUCCCACACCUCAUCCAGUGCCUGUCAGACAAGAAGGCCCUAGUUCGCUCCAUUGCCUGCUGGACGCUGAGCCGCUAUGCCCACUGGGUAGUCAGCCAGCCACCUGACAUGCACCUCAAGCCUCUGAUGACGGAGCUGCUCAAGCGUAUCCUGGAUGGCAAUAAGAGGGUACAGGAGGCAGCCUGCAGUGCGUUUGCUACCCUGGAGGAGGAGGCGUGCACGGAGCUGGUGCCCUACCUCAGCUACAUCCUUGACACUCUCGUUUUUGCCUUUGGCAAAUACCAGCAUAAGAACCUGCUCAUCCUCUACGAUGCCAUCGGCACCCUGGCCGACUCUGUGGGCCACCAUCUCAAUCAGCCGGAAUACAUUCAGAAGCUGAUGCCCCCACUGAUCCAGAAGUGGAAUGAACUCAAGGACGAAGACAAGGACCUCUUCCCCCUGCUGGAGUGCCUAUCAUCUGUGGCCACUGCCCUGCAGAGUGGCUUCCUGCCCUACUGUGAGCCUGUCUACCAGCGCUGUGUUACCCUGGUGCAGAAGACACUGGCCCAGGCCAUGAUGUACACACAGCACCCGGAACAGUAUGAGGCCCCAGACAAGGACUUCAUGAUUGUUGCACUGGACCUGCUUAGUGGCUUGGCUGAGGGUCUGGGUGGCCAUGUGGAACAGCUGGUAGCGAGAAGUAACAUCAUGACAUUGCUCUUCCAGUGUAUGCAGGACUCCAUGCCUGAGGUCCGGCAGAGUUCCUUUGCCCUUCUGGGAGACCUUACCAAAGCCUGCUUCAUCCAUGUCAAGCCCUGUAUCGCUGAGUUCAUGCCUAUUCUGGGCACCAACCUGAAUCCUGAGUUCAUCUCUGUCUGCAACAAUGCCACCUGGGCCAUUGGGGAGAUCUGCAUGCAAAUGGGGGCAGAGAUGCAGCCCUAUGUGCAGAUGGUCCUCAGCAAUCUGGUGGAGAUCAUUAACAGGCCCAACACGCCCAAGACACUGCUGGAAAACACAGCCAUCACCAUCGGCCGCCUGGGCUACGUGUGCCCACAGGAGGUGGCACCCAUGCUGCAGCAGUUCAUCCGGCCUUGGUGCACGUCCCUUAGGAACAUCCGGGACAACGAGGAGAAGGAUUCUGCCUUCCGAGGCAUCUGCAUGAUGAUUGGUGUCAAUCCUGGGGGUGUUGUGCAGGACUUUAUUUUCUUCUGCGAUGCUGUAGCCUCCUGGGUGAGCCCGAAGGAUGACCUUCGGGACAUGUUUUAUAAGAUCCUCCAUGGCUUCAAAGACCAAGUUGGGGAGGAGAACUGGCAACAAUUCUCAGAGCAGUUCCCACCUCUGCUCAAGGAGAGGCUGGCAGCCUUCUAUGGGGUUUUUGUCUGCGUCAUCGUCGGAGGGUGUGCUGGGGAAUGUGCUGCUUCCAGAAGUCACUGUGCCCUGGUCGAGGGGGGUUAGGGAGGAGUGAGUGGGACCUAAAUCCAGGUGCAACCCAGUCUGUGCACCUGUCCAUCUGUCGGUCCACUUGCCCCACCGGGCCUGAUGAGUGGGCAGGUGGGUGGGGACUCCAUUCUCAUCCUACAAAUAGGGAGGGGGGUGGGACUUCUUGGUGGGCAAGAGUUCUCUGGGCUCUAAUCUGGGUCAUCUCAGGCAGCUCACUUGGGCCAGCCAUGUGGGAGGGAGGAAUCCAUAAGGCCUACCGAAUCCGGUGUCAGAUAAGGCAAGGGAAUUACAGGUGGGGAGGGGGGUUCCUUGUAGAGAAGCAUACACUCACAUGUACACAUGUGGACACACGCAUGUGCGGGCUCCAUAGCCAGCUAGGCUGGGCCAACCGCCCCACCAUUUCCUCGACUGCAUGGAGACAGUAGAAUUAGUGAACCCCCAAAUUAUGCCUAUGGCCUUCUGUGUACCUUGCAUCUAGAGUAUAAGAAGCUUCUGCUGUUUUGCCAGAAUUGGUGGUAAUGGGGAGGGCUGGGAGGUUUGGGGGACCUCAGCUGGGCUCCCAGGGCCAAGGGAGGAGGGUGGUCAUCUGGGGGCUGCCUUCUCAGCACUGGCUCACUUUGGACUUGCUCCAUACACUUCCUGCCAGCUUCAUGGCAGCCUCAUGUAGUGUGUCCCCAUCGUUGUCACAUCCUAGCCAGCAGCAGAGUGGGGACCGUCGGAGCAGCUGAGACUGGCUUGAGGCUACCCUGUACCCUUUUCCUGUGCUCCAAGGGUAUUUAAAGGCAUAGUCCUGGGACUAGUUUUCCUUUCGAAAGCUAAGGGCUGUUGGCUGCCAGGGCUGCUUUCCUGGAUCUCUUGAAACAGCUUUAAGGAUAGUCCAGUUCUCUGCUCCUGAGAACCCCAUUCUCCAGAGCUGGGGCAACAGAAUGUGCUUGGUGAGAACAAAGGACAGAAGUUUACUGGGUCUAGCAAGAUUUGAAGGCUUGGAGGAGAAGCAGGGUGUACCCAGGGCCUCAAACUUUGUCCCUUUUGGGACUUAGGAUUAUCACAGUGUCACUGUCACUGGACUCAGACCACACCAAAUUGGUAUACUGACUCUAAAACUCUUUGAAGAAAUUGGUUGGGGAUGCCAUCAAGGUGGGAGGGGCUUCCCGAGAGGAGAGGGGCAUGAUUAUUUCCAAAUUAGCUAUGGAAAUCAGUCUUGUAAGAUCCCUGAAAAUUUUCCUCCGUCCCCUUCUUUGCUUCCUACGUUUUUGGGAGCCCAUUAUAUUUUGGGCUUUGACUGGAGUUCUGCAUAUUAGGGCCUGCCUGCUCCAUCGUCCCUCUAAGGACCUGGACCGUAUUCCAUCCAGGCCUUGUAUCUUUUCUCAAGUAGGGUCAGGCCCUGCCUCUAUUCCCAGGGACACUUAGUGCACAUUCCAUAACUCAGCUAGUGGUCCCCAUUCCCUCCAGCCUGAAACUUGAGCAGGUCUCUGGAAGCCAUUUGUAGGAAAAAAAUUUUUUAAAGAAAAAAUACCAUUAGCUUUCUGGUAAUUCCACUUCUUAGGAGCAUCCUCUGCUGGGUCUUGGGGUGUAUUGAUGGAUUGACUGUCUGAUGUAGUUGUGACCCCUCUUUGUCCAAGGGGGUUGUUCCAGCUACCUUCAGGAAAAGGGAGCCCGAUUCUUGUAUUUCCCUUUUUUUAUUUUAUUUUAUUUUAUUAUUUUUUUAAAGAAAUUAUUUAAUUUUUUAAUUUAUUUUUUAGUUGGUUUUUGCACAAUGAAGUUUCAGUUUCCUCACCUUCCUUGUCCAGGGCUGCGACAUGGACUGACCUUGAUCUGUAGCCCUCCCUGCUGCCAUUACCCCGAGUCUUUUAUUACCAUUACCCCCUGGGCUCCCAGGUCUAUCCAUCUGUUACUGUGCUGUGCUGGGGACUAGCGCCUAGGUGGCGUGAGAUUCCACUCGUGUAGAACUUUGUUGAGUAAAGGUCAGUUUCUUGUGAAA